CGUGCUUUGUAAAAAAUAAAAAUGAGCCUCAAAUUUAAGGAUAGUAACAUAUUAAAUAAACGUAAAGGGAAAAGACAUCUCGGCCUUAGUCAAAGAUUAAGUACCUGAUUAAUUCAAUACGGGCAAACCUAAUAAGAUUUGCUGACUUAAUCAUCUUACUCUCAACUAACCAACCUAUCGUUACUCUUACCAAAUCAUACCUACAGGAUUACUCUCCCACGUGCCUCCUUUAAUUAGGAUGGCUACUACUACCAAAGUCAAGGGCGAGCAAGGCCCGGGCCGUUCAGCAAAGGAACGAGCCCUAGACGAUUUAGUUAUGGCUACAAACAGCAGCAGUAUCGUAUCCAAAAGGAGUGUAGAACGCAUCUACUAUCCAAACGAGCCUCACUUCUUUCGCUUCUUCGUGAAGAAGUUCCAGCGGCGAGCUCCAUUGAUCAAUCGAGGCUAUCAUAUUCGACUACAUGUAAUCGAUGUUGCUGUUCGUCGAUUCCUUGAAAGGCCUUCAGAAAAGAAAAAGGUCGUCAUAAAUCUAGGAUGUGGAAGUGACGUGCUCCCAUGGCAGUGUAUUACCAGAUACCCUGACAAAUGUCUAAAUGCCAAGUUCGUGGACAUUGAUUUUCCCGACUUGAUAGAAAAGAAAUGUCGAAUCGUCCAAGACACCCCUGAGCUUAGAUCUCCAUUAACUGGGCUGAAAACGAAUGUUGGCAACCAUGUAGUACUACAGAGCGAUCAGUAUGUCGAGAUCGGCUGCGACUUGCGCAACAUCUCUGAUAUAGAACGGGCGCUUUCCACCGUCGUUGAUAUAGCUCAUUGCGAAUUCAUGUUUGUAGCAGAGGUCUCUAUUACAUAUAUGGAGACUGAAGGCGCAAAUUCAGUCAUUCAAUGGGCCAGCACUCUUGGACAAGCCGAAUUCUGUCUACUCGAGCAAAUUAUUCCAGAUGGUGAAGAUCAUCCGUUUGCAAAGACGAUGCUGGCGCAUUUCGAGAAGUUGAAAACUCCUCUGAAAUCUGUUUUCACCUACCCGAAUAUCAAUACCCAGCGGGAUCGUUUCGUCAAAAGGGGCUGGUCACAGGUCGAUGUUAACACUCUUUGGCAAAUAUGGGCCGAUGACCAAUGGCUUUCGGCAGACGAGAGGAGAAAACUCGACGCGAUCGAGCCUUUUGACGAAUGGGAAGAGUUUGCAAUUUUCGCUGCCCAUUACUGCGUUGUUAUCGCUAAGACUAACCUGGUAACGACUCAAGCGGCUACUAGCAUCUCCAGGGAUCUUAAGAGACUCGAGGCCCCUAUAUUAUCCCUGGACGCCGACUUCAGAGAAUAUUCUGGUACUCGCGGACAACGCCGUUUUGGCGCUGCGAUGAAGUUAAAGAAUCACCUAGGAGAAGAGUUCUUAUCUAAUACGUUCGGACUAGGGACGAAUAGUCGAUUAAGGUCGUAUGACCUCUAUGUUAGCGAGUCAACUCUACAAGAUGUCAAGACGCAUCAUACCGGCCCAAGUAGUCGCAUGUGCCAUACUAUUACGAACUUAGGCGAGUAUGGAAACUUAUUGGUUGGAGGCAGGACUUCUCCGUCGAGCGCUCUGCGAGAUUGCUGGCUCUUCCAUAAAGGGAGCAACAAAUGGCAACGGAUAGAUGACCUCCCAAUGCCAUUGUACAGGCAUGGAGCAACAAGACUUGGUAACUCGGACCUCACUCUUUUAGUCGGAGGCAAAUCUGACGCAUCAACCAUUUUCAAUGGGUGCCUCCUCUAUCGGCCAGGUUUGGGUUGGAUUGAGUGCGAGAUUCAGGGGUCAGAAUAUGAGCCAGUCUUUGGCAGCCUGUUAGUUAGCCUCGGAGGACCAACCCAUCCCACGGCAAAUGGUGGUAUACAAUUUGAUGGUGUCAUGACAGGUGGUAUCUCUCGGGAUGGCAUUAUCGCUAAACAGAUUUUGCGAUGGGCUUUGGUACUUCCAGAAAAUGGCAAGCCUACAAUUUCAUUUACAGCUUUAUCGACUUCAAACCCCUCUAAUUCGUCGACACGGGAGAUGCAGAAAGCCAAUAAUCCCGACGACCUAAUCAACCGCUACGGCGCCUCUGGCUUUAUCUCUCCGGAGGGAUAUCUAACUAUAAUUGGGGGUAUCAUCGCAAACGACAUAGUCACGCGAGAUCUUGAUGUCCUGAUUAUCGACAUCUCUGGUCUACAUUACAUGAUUGUCUCCGCCUGCCAGAUCGCAGUCGCCCCUAGGCCAUUGCUUAUAGGGGUUUCAAUCGAGCAAGCCAACGAUGGCCAAUUGGUUGUAAUGGGCGGAGGUGCUACGUGUUUCUCCAUGGGAACAUUCUGGAAUCCGGGCUGUUAUACACUGAGGUACACUCCUAAGGCUUUUAUUACCGGGGUACCGACACCACACAGCAACAGGGGAAUAUGGAAACAUUCAAGAAUUGUCGAACUUACGGGAGAGACAGAACAGAAUCAUGCCUCGACUUCUUUGAGCGGGGAGGCUGUGAAGAAGGUUGAUAUACCCAGGCUUCAGAUCAAUACAGCAGACGAAUUUUCAGCAGUGUUAAAAGCCGGAAAACCUGUGGUUUUUGAGGCAAGUCAAUUAGGAAACUGUACCCAGACCUGGACGUCAGACUAUAUCGUGAAGCAACUUGGCCCUGAUAGAGAGGUCGUCGUUCAUGAAGCCGAUAGUCAGAAGAUGGAUUUUAACAGCAAGAAUUUUGCAUAUGUCACGAAGAAAUUUGGAGAUAUCAUGCAAGGGAUCUCAAAUGGCCAAAAGCUAUAUCUACGCGCCCUUUCGGGAGACAAUCCAUCUGAUCAGCCAGCUAAUAUCAAAGUCGACUUCCCGCAACUGGCUGAGGAUUUUCAACUGCCCGAUGCGCUCUCGUUUGUAAAACAGAACGAAUUCAGUUCCGUAUUGCGGAUCACUGGGCCAGUUGAUAUGUGGCUUCAUUACGACGUCAUGGCGAACGUAUAUUGCCAAAUAGUGGGCUCUAAAAGGUUCAUCUUGUUUCCGCCGUCAGAUGUUACCAAGCUUUCGUUUGCCCCGGGUUCGUCUAGCUCGAGUAUUGACGUAUUUUCCGAACUGGAAUCGCCUUCUCUCGCCGAAACACAUCCUCAUGAGGCUUUGCUGAAGCCUGGCGAUAUACUGUUCCUACCUCCUCUUUGGCUACAUACUGCCACUCCAUUGAGCAACUUAGGGGUUGCUGUUAACGUCUUCUUUCGUAACCUUGAAAAUGGAUACUCAAGCGGAAGGGAUGUGUACGGAAACCGGGACCUCGCGGCUUACGAAAAAGGCCGCCAAGACAUUACACGCAUCGCAAACAGCUUCAGUAAGUUACCGCCUGAUAUGCGAGAUUUUUAUAUCAAGCGUUUAGCAGACGAGCUCGCCCAGAAAGCACUUGACUAGGGAAUUGAUUAAUCUCACCAUUGAUUUUCAUACCCAUUUGAAACGCCACCUAGACAGCUCUAGAGAAUGUCGAAAGACCCCCAAGUUAAGUCACUCGGUGGUAGGUACGUGAAAGUGAAUGAAGGCAACAAGCCUUAGUACCAUAUCACUCAUGAGGCUGAUAGCAUAUUUGAGUAAUCAUCUUACUCAAACGAAGCUGCGCUCUUAAAUUUAGCGGCGGGUCAUCAUAUAUGAAAUAGAUACCUGGGUAGAUAUAAGAUACCUUGACGCUAG